AAUAAUAACGCAAAAAUCAAAGAUGGAGGCUACUUUGUUUUUUAUAUAGCAAGGAGAUAAUUCAUACGUCCAUAUUUAUCAUCGACCAACGUAAUUAUAGAAAGUAUAAUUUCAAAGAAUUGUGCAUCUUUGGAUUUCCAUAAAACGAGGAGUCGACACCUAAAAAAUAAAACAAAAUGGUUAAAAUCUCACUUCAGAUAAAGGCAACUCUCGAGAACAUAGAAGAGUUAAAACCGUCUGGUCCGGAGUUCCGAUGGUACCUAAAAUUUACGUGUAAUAGUUGCGGCGAGGUGUCCCAAAAAUGGAAUUAUGUUUCUUCAGACAACUAUACUCCAUCUAUUCCAAAUAGAAAUUCUGUUCAUCACUUGACCAUCAAAUGCAAACUAUGCUCCCGGGAGAAUUCCACGACAAUUAUCGAGAAUUCCAUUAAAUCUUACACUGCUGAAGACCUGGGUAAAUUCAAGGAAAUUGUUACCUUUGAUUGUCGAGGUAUCACGCCAAACGAUUUUUCUCCAAGGGAAGGCUGGAUUGUUAAAACUUCCGACGGCGGAAAGGAAUUCAGAGAUGUUGACCUGAGCGAGGGUGAAUGGGUGGAAUAUUGCGAUAAAACCAACAAAGCAGUCGGUAUCUAUGAAAUCGAAAGUAAUUUCGAAAGGAUUUAGUAAGUCUGAAAGAGUUUUGAUCGGUAAUUUAUUUCUUGUUUAAAGAUUGAUCAAUUAAUAAUAAGUACGUUUUUCAGAAGAUAAACCAAUAUUAUUAUUAAUUCACCACUGGUGUGAUUAGUUUUUAUACUCUAAUUUACAUAGGAAAAGCUUUACAUAUUUUAUGAAUUUGUCAAGAAGAUUUACGUAUCAUUGUUAUAAGAUUAAAAGAAAUUGAAAU